AUGGCGGACAUUUCAAGUUUAGAUCUUUCGCAAGUGAAGCGAGAGUUAAUUCAGGCAAACUGGGAUUGCAGUAUUCGUGGUUUAAUACAUGGGGCAACAAGAGCUGCUGAACUUGCUUACUGUUUAAAGACUACUAAAGAUACUGAUGGUGACAUUCCCAAAAUCUCCCAACUGGAUUUCCAACAGGAACAUGAUGUCUAUAUGCUUGCAAAAAGUUACUUUGACUUGAAAGAAUAUUUGAGAGCUGUUCACUUCUUAAAGCAGAGUGAAUUUACCAGCAGUGUCACUUACUUCUUGUAUAUGUAUGCAAGAUAUCUAGCUGAUGAGAAAAGGAGGUCAUAUAAUAUGACUGAUUCUUUUACAAGCAUGGGAGCAUCAGUUAUUAAUGAUGACUUAGCAAGAAUUAAAGUUCUCAAAACAGAACUUUCAACAAAACACAGGAAAAAAGAAUUAGAUGGCUUCUGUUUAUAUCUAUACGGAGUUGUAUUGAAGAAAUUAGACCUUCUAAAAGAAGCAACAAAUGUUUUAUUAGAAGCUGUACACCAAGAGCCACUUCACUGGGGAGCUUGGCAGGAACUGAACACUCUUAUCCCUGACAAAGAAACACUUUUGUCUUUGUCCUUGCCUAAUCAUUGGAUCAAGCAUUUAUUUUUGGCCCACAUGUAUUCAGAGUUACAGCACACAGAUGAAGCUCUUAAGAUUUAUCAGAAAUUUGUUGACAAUGGAUUUGCUAACUGUACUUACAUUCAGGCUCAGAUUGCCAUUGCUCAUGAUAAUAGUCGCAGUUUUGAUCAAGCAGUAGAAGUGUUUAUGAAAUUACGUGACAUUGACCCUUAUCGAUUAGAAAAUAUGGAUAUUUUUUCUAAUAUACUUUUUGUAAAAGAAAACCGAAUGGAAUUGGCUUAUUUAGCUCAUAAUGUCUGUGAAAUUGAUAAAUAUAUAUAA